AUGGGCGCGUACACAUCUAGAAUGGAGCAACACAUCUUGAAGAACAACAGUUGUGAAAGGGAGUUCCAGCUGACUUUUGAAAAAGUCCUUGUUAAUGCUAUAGACCUUAUAAUCAUAAAAUCCAUUUAUAGCCUUCAGUUACUAAGCAACGAAGGACAAAGGCAAGAUGUGCAUGGAGCUCUGGAGAAUGCUAUGGUGGAUACAAGUAUGUUGGAAGAAUUCCUUGGCAGUGACUUGGAAUUUGGAGCCUUUAUUUCCCUGGCAUCAGCUAAAAAGAGAAGGCACUCACAAUUGUCAGAAGAUGCCACUGAUUCUCCACCAUGGACUAACAACUCUCAGCAGGUGACAGUAAAGGACUGUGGCACUGAAGUGCAAGACUAUGACAGCGAUGGACAGAAUGUAGCGGCUGUGGACAAAUGUUAUCAGGCUCUAACAUGGCAGCCAUAUCAAACUUCUCACUGGAGCAGCUUAUUUAACUAUAGUUACGAAACACUCCCUGAUGUAGGAUACCACAUUGUCACAGACAAAGGAUUUAAUUUUUCAACAGCAGAUGAUGCUUUUGUAUGCCAGAAGAAGAACCAUUUCCAGAUCACAGUCCACAUCAGUGUUGUUGGGAAUCCAAAAUAUGUCAAAACCCAGCAGGGGUUGAAACCUAUCGAAAAGUUUUACUUGAAAACUUUUGGAAUUAAGGCGGACGCCCCAAAUCAGAUAAUCACCAUUGAACAGUCUCAGUCGGACCGAAGCAAAAAAUCUUUCAAUCCUGUUAAACUUGAUCUACCAGCAGACCAGGCAACCAAAGUGACAUUGGGAAGGUUACAUUUCAGUGAAACAACAGCAAAUAACAUGAGAAAAAAGGGGAAACCUAAUCCUGACCAAAGAUACUUCAUGCUGGUGGUUGGACUAUAUGCUGUCAGUCAGGACCAGUCCUAUUUAUUGUCUGCACAUGUCUCUGAAAGGAUCAUUGUGAGGGCAUCUAACCCUGGGCAGUUUGAGAAUGACAGUGAUGUGUUGUGGCAGCGAGGACAUGUUCCAGAGACCAUAGUCUGUCAUGGUCGAGUAGGAAUUAACACAGAUGCACCAGAUGAAGCACUGGUCGUCUGUGGAAAUGUGAAAGUGAUGGGGACAGUCAUGCAUCCAUCUGACAGUCGAGCAAAACAGAAUAUCCAGGAGGUUGAUACAACUGAGCAGCUGAGAAGAAUAGCGCAAAUGAGGCUCGUUGAGUAUGACUACAGGCCUGAGUUUGCAUCUGUAAUGGGAAUAAACAAUACCCAUGAAACAGGAAUAAUAGCCCAGGAGGUGAAAGAGCUUUUGCCGACAGCUGUAAAAGAAGUUGGAGUUAUUACCUGUGAAAAUGGAGAAAAAGUAGAGAACUUCCUCAUGAUUGAUAAGGAUCAAAUUUUUAUGGAGAAUGUUGGUGCAGUUAAGCAGCUCUGUAAACUAACCAACAACCUUGAAAUCAGGAUAGAAGAAUUGGAAGUGUGGAAUAGAAAACUGGCCAAGCUGAAACGGAUGAGCAGUUUGAAGUCAACAGUCAGUGAAAAGAGCACAUUCAGCAAAUUUAGUCGAGCUGCUAGUCUUUUACCACCAAGAAAACCAAUCCCUAUACCACACAGUAAGGUUUGUUUUUCUGAGAGAAAACAGUCAUGGCCCAACAGGAUUUUCCAGAUCACGGUAAUAGCUUUGGUAGCUGUUAUGGCACUAUGUGCCUUGACAAUAUCCACCCUUUACAUACUUAGCAUAGAAGAGCAAGACAUUAGUCAAAAUCCCAUUCACAGCAAUGCUACAAGUUCCAUUACGCAGCAUCCCUACACCACCGUGGCAGGUACUGUAUCUGUUGUUGUUCCGUAUGAUGUGACUUCAGUUUCUGUGCUGCUGCAAAAAGUCAAGAGACAAACAGCACUAUUGAGGAGUUGGUUGUUCUUUGUAGCACUCAGUGACAGCACAGCUUCUCCAACCAUGACAUCCAGCAUUACAGUCCCCGAAGUGAAUUUCUGUGACAUCUUGCCUUGUGACAAGACCUAUUGCUGUUCAAUUCAUCAAAUACAAAGAAAAAUUCCAAGAUACCAGACCAUGAUGACAGAGGAGAGAGACAAAAUUAAAGCACUACAAGAGAGGAGAUUGAUGGAAAAAUUUGAUCUUGGAAUUGACUGGAUUGAUACAACAAUCAGUUCCAUGCAGAUUUUGGAAACGCAGCAAAAAAUUGACCGUCGCUAUUGUAGUAAAGGUCGACAGUGCAGGUCUGGAAAUUACAGCUAUGUUAUUCCUGUUAACAAAUACACACCCAUCAAUGUAAUACUCUCAUUGGAAAUCAACACUACGGAGCCAUUAAUCGUCUUUCAAUGCAAAGUCACUUUUGGAAAUAUGUGUUCCUAUCAGUCACGAAACAGAAAGAAAAGAGAGGCUUUCCAAGAAACCACCCAGGGAUGUCAGCAUAUUUGGAUUCUCCCUGUAACUUGGUGGUAUGACAGCGCAUACCAUUUCCGAGUAGCUGCACCGGAUCUUGCAGACUGUUCAACAGAUCCAAAUUAUGCUGGGAUAUUUUUUACGGAUUACUACUUCUACUUCUAUCGACAGUGUAACUAAAAUAUUGCUGAUCAUUCUGUUUAUUGGGGGGAGAGAUAAUACUCAUGGUACCGAAAAGACUAUUGUCUUAGUAAAAGCUUGCAAAUGAAAUGAGAUGUGUGGAAUGUUUCCUAGUUUUUGUUUAACCGUUAACUUUUAGAGACAAGUGGGCAAAAAUAAAUUAUUUGACUGUAGUCCAGGCUCUGCAUGUCAAGUCAUUACUUGUAAAAGGACGUGAUUUCUGAAAAUCAAUGGAGAGCUCAAUGUGUAGAUAUUAAAGAGUUCCACUGCUCUUAGCACUGCUAUAAAAUACAGGAGAUGGGGGGAAAAAUAGUGGCAUUCUAAUAUACU